UAUUUAUCCAAAAUCAUAACAAUGAAGUCUUAUGUUAUUGAUGAAGGGGAUAUGCAAGCUGAAAAUUAACCAGGGUUAAUUACUAUUGUAGUUAAAAUAAGUGGUAUCGUUUACUCGAAUGUGACAAGCUUAAAAAUGGAUCCAUAAAUUCCAUUUAACUUAUUUUGUAAUUUAAUAAAGGAGACGAUGUUCUCUUCAAUUGAUUAAAGUAUUAAGUAUUAAUAAAAUGUUAGAGAAUGCCGAUACAAAUUUUGAAUACUUUAAAUAGGGCGAAGUAAUUCUAGAGAGAGAGCAAAGAAGUUUAUUAGAUUUGGGAUUCAAAAGUAGAGAUGUUUUGGAAAUUAAAUUUAAAUUGAAGGGUGGCUGA